AUGAACAACAAUUCAAUUACCAAAAAUGACUUAUGUAAAAAGAAUGCUGAAAUUCUUUUGAUGGAUUAUGAAAUUCAACUUAAAGCUCCUGAUCCAAAUAAACCUGAAGUAAUUAAAGGUACUACUAUGUAUCAAGAUAAAAUAGUAAAUUUUAAAAGUAGUGAAAAAUACAAACGAAUAGAAGAGGUGUAUGAUUAUAAUCCAAAUUGUCCCUUAAGUAUUUUAUAUAAUCCCAAUGUUAAAGAAGUAGCACUAGAAUCACUUUUGAUGCGAGCUCGUCUAAAAGAAAUAGCAACUAUAAAGUAUAUUAAAAGGUAUUCUAAUAGUAAUCUAUAUAAAGUUAAUUCAGUACCUUCUGAACCCAAAAUAUGUUCAAUUGAAAUUUUAACUCCAAAUUCAUUGAUUCCAAUGUUUAUUACAUCCUAUCUAGUUGGUAGUCGUCAACAAAAUGGUGAAUGGAAAAUGUUAAAAAAAUCUAAUAUAUAUGAAAUAGAAGUGGGUUAUAGUUUUGAAAUUAAUCAAGCAGUCUCAAUAAAACAUUUUGGUGUUAGGGGUGAAGCAAAGUUAUGUGAUGCAAGAGAUGUUUUUAAGAUAUGUGAAAAAUUUGAAUUCCCUUGGAAACGAGUUAAAUAUAGUUUAGCUUUUGGAUUCCAUCAAGCAAUAAAAACAAGUAUAGGUGAAAAAUUAAUUUCAACAUCAAAUAAAGGUAAGCAAUUUUACAGUCAUCAAAAAAAUAAUGCGGUGAUAAAAAAUAUUUCUGAGAGUCACCCAAAACACAAUGUACAAAGAUUAAAUAAAUCACUCCUUGGGCAUCUUCAAUUUUCAGAAGUAAUUAAAAUACAGAAAAUUGCUAAGAAUGUCAGUAAUCCACUUAAAAUUAUCAAUGAAUUAGAAUAA